AUGUCUGAUCAAAGAGCGGUUUCACUUCACUUGACCUGCAACCCUAAUUAUGAGCUUCGGACGCCAGAAUCAUUAAAGCUUGUAGCUGCAAAACAUGCACCUCCAGCCAAAAAGCCCGGAUUUCUGCAGCGUUUGGUAGUAGAUAAAGCUUUGACAACCAACUCAGUAGCCUCGCCUCCAUAUGUUGAAUCGCUCACCGAUGUCGCUCGGGAUGUCCAAUAUUAUGCGGAAGUUGAAAUUGGUUCAAAUGAGCAAAAAUUUCGACUGGACUUUGAUACAGGAAGCAGUGAUUUGUGGGUGCCAGAUUCAACAUGUAAGACUCGGAGCGUUACCUUCAACAGAACCACAUCCACCACAUUUAAGCCAUUCAAAGGCAAGUUCAAGAUAUCUUAUGGAGAUGGAUCUACAGUAUCGGGAAUCUUGGGGCAAGAUCGAAUCAAUGUGGCAGGACUUAUCAUAGAGGACCAGAUUUUUGGUCUUGCGACAAAAGAAUCAACCACAUUUAGUAAUGAUGUAGUAGAUGGGGUUCUAGGUCUGGCUUAUAGUUCUAUAUGUUCAGUACCUGGAGUCCUUACACCACUGGAGAACAUGAUCGAGCAGAAGCUGAUAACUUCACCUAUAUUUAGUGUUUGGUUAGGCCGAAAUACUGAAGGAGGAGGCGGAGAAUAUCGCUUUGGUGGAUAUGAUAGUGAACGUUUUGAAGGCGAAUUGACAUGGGUUCCAGUAACAGUCAGGCGCUAUUGGCAAGUAAAAUGCGAUGGACUCUUUUUUGGAGAUGUCGAUCUCAAACUGAAGAGCGAUGUGAUAAUCGAUACGGGUACCACGCUGGUUAUAGUCCCCACAUUAGUUGCCGAGGCAAUCCAUGCUCAAAUCCCUGGAGCGAUUAACGAUAAAAAGCACGGUUGGAUCGUUCCGAAUACACCGGAAGUGGCUGCUCUGAAUGGUGUACAAUUCGUAUUGAACGGAGUCAAGUUUAACGUGAUCAUGAAGGAUAUCAUGCGUGAGAGCGUUUGGGGAAAGCGAGGAUAUGUUUAUUCUGGCAUUACAAGCAACGAUCAGAUCCCUGUUUGGAUUUUAGGCGAUGUAUUUAUCAAGGAGAAUUUUUGUGUAUUUGAUAUGGGCAAACACCGUGUUGGAAUUGCCAAAUGCAAGCCUCCAAACAGGAUUCAACCAUCUGUGAUUCAACAAGUCAAAGACGACUUUGAGGAGUUUCAAAAAAGACAGGCUUCUAAAUGUUUAAUAAUGUAG